GUGGCCGUGGGCUCUGCUGUAGGCCACACCAUAGGUCAUGCGCUGACAGGAGGAUUUGGUGGAGGAAGCAGCUCUGAAGCUGCGAGGCCUGAUAUUACUUAUCAGGAGCCGCAGGCAGCUCAGCCUGCCUACCAGCAGCAGCAGCAGCAGUUUGCUCCUUGCCAGUAUGAAAUGAAGCAGUUCCUGGAGUGUGCCCAGAACCAGACUGACCUCAAGCUGUGCGAGGGCUUCAGUGAGGUGCUGAAGCAGUGCAGGUUUGCUAACGGUUUAGCCUAA